AUGAAUCGUCGUGAAUUGUCUAUGGACUCGAAUUCCCUCUCUGACCCUGGGCCACCACCAGACGGCGGCCUUCGCGCCUGGCUACAGAUCCUAGCCGGGCACCUCAUCAACGCCCUAACAUGGGGCUACUCCGCCUCGUUCGGCGUGUACCAGCUGCACUACACGACGACGCUGGGCCUGCCGCCGUCGCAAGUCUCAUGGAUCGGGUCCAUCCAGAUCUUCCUAACGUUCUUCGUGGGCGUCUUCUCGGGUCGAUUGGCGGAUGCGGGCUACGCGCAGCACGCGGCGCUGCUGGGCUCGACGCUGAUCGUCCUGGGCACGUUCUUCACCAGCCUCGCUGGGAGAUACUGGCAGAUAUUUCUGGCACAGGGCUUGUGCACUGGCCUCGGUAUGGGCGUGCUCUACAUGCCUGCUGUCGCGGUCAUUGGGUCGUAUUUUGACAAGAAGAAGGCCAUGGCGCUGGGCAUGGCUGCCUCGGGGAGUGGAACGGGCAGUAUUGUCUUUCCACUUGUUGUGCAGAAUCUGCAGCCUAGACUCGGCUUCCACCGAGCCGUCCAAAUCCAAGGCUUCAUCGCCCUAGUCUUCGCCAUCAUCAUCAACCUUCUCCUGCGUCCUCGCCUUCCUCCGCGCAAGUCAGGCCCUCUCGUCGAAUGGCCCGCCUUUCGCGAGCCAGCCUACUCGCUGUUCACGGUAGGCAUGUUCCUCAUCUUCUGGGCGCUGUACUUCUGCUUCUUCUACGUCAACACGUACGCGACGGCCAUCAUCGGACUGUCCGACAUCUCGGCCGUGAACCUCCUGGUCGUCAUCAGCGCCGUCGGCAUCCCCGUGCGCCCGCUGCUCGGUCUGGCUGCGGACAGGUACUUCGGCACCCUGCCGACGCUGAUCGUCUGCUCGACGGCCCUGGGAGCCAUGCUGUACGCGUGGACGGCCAUCCGCUCCGUCGCAGGCAUGUACGUGUGGGCGGUCCUCUACGGCCUGGCGACCGGCGCCACGCAGGGGAUUUUUGUCGGCGCGCUGGCGUCGCUGACGGCGGAUCUGAGCAAGAUGGGCACGCGGUUUGGCAUGGUGUGCUCUGUGCUGGCAUUUGCGUCGCUGGCUGGGCCGCCGACGGCGGGGGCUUUGAUUCAAAGCGAGCAGGGAGGCUUCAUGGCGGCGCAGAUCUGGGGAGGUACGGUGACUAUUGCUGGGGCGGUAUUUAUCGGCGCUGCGAAGUGGAGUAAGCAUCGCUGGGAAGGUUAA